AAAAAAACAAAAAACCAACAACAGCAACAACCAACUACUACGUAACAAAAUUAUUCUGCUUGCAAACAAGCAUCCACUCGUUGACAUUUUUUGUCAAGUACAUUCGUUCUAAAUUAUCCUGACAUAUUACGAUUUUGCAUAGCCGUCGAUCUUGACCAUAUUCCCCCGUCGUAGCUAUCAGACUAACUGUCAAUCUGCCUGUCGAGAAUUUUAAACCUUAACCUUAAGUCAUCAUGCAUAAGGGGUCGUUAGUCGUAGCCGCCUUAGUGGCCGCUGCGUCACUAGCAAGCGCCGAGCCGGAGAACAGACCAAAAAUCUACUUCCCCAGGCAGGUUAAGAGGCAGUAUACUAAUCACACCAUUACGAGCUCGGCGUCGCAGAGUACUCACAGCGAGUUGUCGGACUCGACGACCUCUUCCUCGACGAAGAAGGACACGAUUUCUGACUUGCUGUCGAGCCUCCUCGGGGGUUCUCCGGACGCGAGUGAUUCUUCGAUAAUAACAAGCUCUUCGACGACAACAACGAGCUCGUCGAUCACUUCGUCUAUCAAUACUCCUUCCGUGACGGGCACGUCGUCCACAAGCGAAUCCGGAUCCCAGUCCCAAUCGACGCCUCCGUCUUCAUCCUCCCAGUCCCAGUCAUCCCAGUCUGAACCUGUGUCUCAAUCUACGGGCUCGUCAGCUAAGCCGAGCAGCAGCAGGAGCGACAUCGUGGGCUCUACUGGAGGGGUUCCCCCGCUAAUUGUGCUACCAACACUUAGCUUAGAUCUCCCGACUCUAUUGCCGCCAGAGACCACGUCUUCUUCUGCUAAUAAGACAGCGAGUGCGUCCUCAACUGCAUCUCCGACGGAAACCUCGACCGAGACGACGAUUGCUGCUCCGACUACGACUGCCGAGUCUAACAAUGGAACGUCCACUGUCGAUACGAGCGCUUUACCUGUAACAGAAUCUACGAUCGAAGCCAAUACUACCACGGCACAGCCGACUUCUUCGGGUAUUCUUAUAGCUCCUACCGGUGUCGUGACUCAGUCUUCAAGCGCUCCCGCUUCUACGAGCUCGGAUGGCGGACUUAUCGGCGGUUUAACUAGUGUUGUUGGUGGAGUCACGAGUGCCCUGAGCGACGUGACGAGUGCGCUGCUCCCGGCACCAACUGCCAAUGUUACCGAGUCCGGCACAGGAGCGAGCACAAGCACUGGUGUGGAUGCUUCUAUUGAAACUAGCGCGAGCAGCACAGACAGCGGAUUGUUGCCCACUCUUCUGCCCACCUCUCUCUUCCCAACGACGACGUUUCCCGGCACUGCCCCCACCACUUCUACGGAGGUUGGUACGAAUAGUACGGACGGCGGUUUGCUGCCGACUCUGUUACCUACGUCCCUCCUUCCCACGUCGUCGUUACCGGGAAAUGCUCCUACAACUUCCACUGGAGCCGGCGCAAAUAGCACGGAUGGCGGUUUAUUGCCGACGCUUUUACCUACGUCUUUGUUCCCGACCUCGACAUCUUCCGGCAUUGCUCCUACAACUUCUGCAAUUGCUACGAACAGCACGGGCGGUGGGCUGCUACCAACCCUUUUGCCUACGUCUCUAUUCCCGACAACGUCGUUUCCUGGCACAGCCCCCACGACUUCUAUCCCCACGAUUUCUAUCUCGUCCAAUGCUUCUACUGUCUCGGUAUCAAGCUCGGAAACCCCGAUUUUGUCGCUACCGCCGAUCUUGGGAGGAUCGACCUCGUCAACAGUUUCAGCGUCGACGACCAUCAUUGGAAAUACUACGGAAUCAACAACUGCUUCAUCCACUGGUCCAGUCCCAACGUCUAUUAUCGGAAAUACGACCGAAUCAGCGACUGCUUCUUUGACGGGAUCCAGCAGCGUCAGUCUGCCGACGUCUACCGUUCCAGUUCCCAAUAAUAGCACAACGACGACCGAGUCUAGCAGUCUGUCAACUGUUACGUCUCCUACGGUGCCACUCAACUCUACAGCAUCGUCGACACAGCCUCCUACUUUGUCGUCGAGUGUCGUCUCAGUUCCGGCUAACUCGACCGUUCCCCCGACUACUACCUCCGAGCCGCCAACUACCAGUGAACUUCCCACCACAAGCUCAAGCUUUGUGUCUAUUAUUGUGCCUUCGACCAGCUCUUCUAUCAUAACUACGCCCACAUUCACACCUACGCCCACGUCUACUUCGACAAGAACCACUAGGCCGUUCACUAGCGCCACGGCGAUUGCAACAAUCACGGACUCGGAGUCUUGGCUUCCGACUACGAUCAUUGUUCAGUCAUCUACUAGUACCCCCAGUACCGGCGCGACCCAUACCGCAACAGGAAUUCCGACGUCCCUACCUAAGGCCAUUACUCCCUUGACGCAGCCGCCAGAGCAGCCCGAAGGUACCACGCUCAUUCAGAUUUCAUUCCUGUUCGGCGAGAAUUACCAGCAUCUCGUGGACGAACCCUUGGCUGCUUCCCAGAUGUUCGUACUCUUGCCUCAAGGUCUAGCGUUCGGAGGUGGUUAUGACCUUGACAGAGUCAAGAUGUUAAGCAUCAGGCCCUAUGAUACAACUGCCCGCUUGGGUUACAUUACCUCGCAGGCCAUGGUGUACUAUCCCACUGAUGGUAUUGCCCAACUCAGUGCCGAUAUUGGGUACCCUACGACGCCUUUGUACAACCAUAAGAACCCCUUGGUGAGGAACUUGACGAGCGAGAUUAACCCGGCUAUCGGUAUCAUGCCGGGCGAUGUACUUGAUGGUCUUCCUGGCCCUAGUGGAAACAGUGGUGACGGUUCAACUGAUGCUGGCACUCCCAACAACAAUGACCCAUUCGAUACCCAGGGUCCUAAUGAGAAGACAACCAGCGCGCAGCAGGGAAUGACUGCUGGUAUCGCUGUUGGUGCUGCCAGUGUUGCUGGUGCGUACGGUGCUGCCAUGUUCAUCAUCGCCCGCCGCUACAAGCGCAAGAAGCAGAGGCACCAGCGAAGCAGCUCCGUUACUUUGCCUUCGGAAAUGCGACAGAGCGGAAGUCCGGCUUUGAUGGGUGGCGCAUUGCUGAGCCGAGAUUUCACGAGCCACCCGGGAUACGGUGGGGCUGGAGCGAAUACUCGUGACAGCCAGGGCAGUGGGAGGAGUGGAAUGAACAGCUCAGCACGCACCGCGAACAUCUCGGCGCCUGUCGCAGCUGAGAACUCUCUUGGCUGGAACUGAGCAAUCGUCCAGGACCUGCACGUCACAUCCGUUUCGUUUUUUUAUAGUUCGAUACCCAUCCAGGAGGCGUUGCCAAGCCACUGUGGGCGGCCUGCCUAAGGAAUUGCGACCAUCGUGAGCAUUCACUGAGGUUUUCUUAUGAUUUACAUUCUCAUAUGGUUGGUUUUAUCAAAUGAUAUUUGAAUAUGCCACCUCAAAAAAACUUAGCUACGAAUCCUUAGCAUCGACGAAGAUGUCAGCCCAUCUUUUGCUGGCUGGUAUCUGAUGACCGAGGUACUUUAAUCUAAUGCGUUUGUUUGCGCUUUAUUUUUUUAUGGGAGCGGGAAGGGAGGCAAGAUGCUUCGUUACCGGUUUGGAGUAGAGGCUGAAAGGAGAAAACGGAUGCUGAAAGACGGCUCUAGAGGGCCCGCGGCAACAGCUGGCCGUGGAAUUGUACAUUUAUGACUAUCACGCCUGCUCCGAAUAGACAUGUCAAAAAUUCGAUUGUGGUGUUAAAGGAAGAUCGAUGAAAAAGACAAGUCGAGAUAAGCUAAGAGCGGCCCUCUAGAGCCGUCGCGUGUAAUGGUUUGAUAUAUACCACGAAUAGACGAAAAAGGAGAAUUUACUAAAAAAGUUCCUUUUGUUGGACUUGUCUACCUAACUUUGUAUACUGAGAAACUUUUUUU